AUGAGGCAAGCGUCACAGUUCAAGAAUCUAGAUGGCAAGAUUUUGCAAACAGACGGUUUUGCAAACACUCUUUUGUAUCUAGAAGCAAGUGUCCAGCAAGUAACAGUAGAUGCAAGAUGUGUGGUAAAUGUGGGCAUUGGAAGGAAAUGUGUCAGCAGGGUAGAGGCAGACAGCAGCAUAGGCGUAGUAUAUCGCAGACAACAGUCGAGGUCGAAGAGUAGUGGACGACAGUCACAAAGGGGUGGUGAACACAUAUCACAAUAUAGCUACAGGAAACAGACACAUCAACAUACACAAAAACAGCAUGAUAUAGACUGUGUGAGAGAGGAUUUUGAACACUUCCAUUUUGAAACGGUAACUUUUAUUGAUGGGGUCGCCAAGCACGAUGUAGAUGAGCUGAAAGUAAACUUGGAUGUGAAGCUGGAUAACUGUCAAGGUAAUCACACCAUGAAGGUCAAAGUAGACACAGGCGCACAAGGAAAUCUACUCCCACUUCGUGUAUACAGAAGGAUGUUUCCAGAGUACCUUGAUGCAUCAGGUUUUCCCAAAUAUGGUACCACAAAGGCUCAACAUGUCAAACUGAGUGCGUACAAUGGUACCGACAUACCGCAGUGUGGUAGUGUCACUUUAGCAUGUGGAUUUAACGGUAACUGGUUGGACACUGAAUUAUUUCUUGCUGAUGCGCCAGGUCCUAUUCUACUUGGUCUCCCUUCAACCCUUGCUCUGAAUAUAAUUACACCAAAUUGCUCCACCACUUCAGUGCACAGUGUGGAUAAAUCAGUACCUAUCCCUAACAAGGAAACCCUGCAGAAUUUAUACCCUGACAGAUUUGAAGGCAUUGGUCAGUUCCCUGGUAAGUGUCAUAUAACCCUCAAAGAAGAUGCUGAACCAGGGCUACAUCCAGCAAGAAAGUAUCCAAUUCAACUGAAAGAUGAGUUGAAGGCUGAGUUGGACAGAAUGGAGUCUUUGGGUGUGAUUGCCAAGGUAACUGAGCCUACAGACCGGGUUUCAUCACUUGCAUUCAGUAGGAAGGACAAUGGAAAACUCAGAGUGUGUCUUGACCCUAGUGACUUAAACCGCUCUAUUAAGAGAACAUAUCACAAGACACCGACCCUGGAAGAAAUAACACACAAGUUUUGUGGAGCAACUGUGUUUAGCAAGUUAGAUGCUAGGCAUGGCUAUUGGAGUGUCACUCUUGAUGACAACUCUAGUGUACUUACAACUUUCAAUACACCGUUUGGGAGGUACCGGUUUCGUCGACUUCCUUUCGGGUUACGGAUUUCUCAGGACAUCUUCCAAAGAGAAGAUGGAUAUGAUUCUUGA